GAUUGAGUUCAAUAGUCUAUUGAAUAGAUUGUCCAAAACAAAUCGAAUAAAAUUGUUAGCAAAAGAACCAUCAUUGGUGCCUCAAACAUGAUCCAAGAAAGACUUUCUUUGUAACGGAGACAUUCUUCUGACAGCUGUGUGUAAGAGGGAGCCACACGUGUAGCGUGUGUUUGUUACAAGUGUUUUUUUUUUCUUUCUUUUUUAAUGUUUUCAGACUUGUCUGUCCGACAUAAGUCUGAUUUGAAAGCGUAAAGGUAGUUAUAAAAUAUGUUGGGGGAAUUCAGAAUUACAUCACCAGUAAAAAAAGCCCAGCUGUAUUAAGAUGUAAAAUUCUGUUAAUCUUCUACAGAUAAACGUAAUUAAACCAAGACUUGUCAGAGUUGUAAUAAUGUGAUGUUUUAGUUAUUCUGUCAUAGCAGCAGUAAUAAUAAUAAUACGAGGUGAAAUGAUGACGUCCGGGACCUGGUGACGUCACGGCGGAGGAACCGGGAAGUGUUCGUGCUUUUCGCUCGCGGCUCUUGGGUCGCUUAUCCUUCGCAUACCGGACGUGUAAAAUCGUAUUAAUUCAUAAAUAAUGUUCGUUUAGAAGUCGCACGAAAGCCAUGCGCGGGAGGAUUCUUGUGCUGCUUCUCUUUCCGGCCGUUUUCAGCAGCGUGGACUCGUUCGAGCCGUUCACGACUACGGUCGUAGUGACAGCUGGAGCGCUGCUUGGCAGGAAAAUAUACAAUUAUUUCCAAGAGACGUGCAAUGACGACUGGCUGCACUUCAACGCGACAGGUCUGCAGGUGGAUCUGGAAAGGAAGCUUUUUGGCCAGCAUAUCGCUUCUCGGGUGGUGGUGAAAGCUCUCACUGGAUUUAUGAACAACAAGAAUCCCAAAAAGCCGCUGGUCCUGUCCCUGCACGGCUGGACAGGGACAGGGAAGAACUUUGUGAGUCAGCUCAUGGCCAACAACAUCUUCAGAAGGGGAAUGGAGAGUGGCUUUGUGCACCAGUUUGUGGCCACUGCUCACUUUCCUCAUGCCAGUCAAAUCAACACAUAUAAAGCUCAGCUGCAGGAGUGGGUCCGAGGGAAUGUUUCGAUUUGUGGACGCUCCAUGUUCAUUUUUGAUGAGAUGGACAAAAUGCACCCAGGGCUUAUUGACAGUAUAAAACCUUUUUUGGACUAUUACGACAACCUGGAUGGUGUCUCCUAUCGUCAGGCUACUUUUGUUUUCCUCAGCAAUGCAGGUGGUGAGAGCAUUACGCGGGUGGUCCUGGACUUCUGGAAAGCUGGUAGAGAUCGAGAGGAAAUUCAGUUGAAGGAUUUGGAAAGAGCGAUGUCUCUUGAAGUCUUCAACAACAAGAACAGUGGAUUCUGGCACACAAGUCUGAUUGAUAAAAACCUUAUUGACUUCUUUGUCCCCUUCCUACCUCUGGAGUACCGACACGUCCGCAUGUGUGCCCUGGCUGAAAUGGAAGCUCAGAAAAUGAACCUUGAUGAAGACAUGGCAAAUGAGGUGGCCAAAGACAUGAUUUACUCUCCAAAGGAAGAGAGGGUGUUCUCUGUAAAGGGCUGCAAAACCAUCGCUAGUAAGCUGGAGUACUACAGGUAGAGCUAGUGUGGAGGGGAAGUAGCCCUGCUGUACCCUACAGUGGCCUGUUUGGCAGUGCUGGGCUUGGCCAGUCCAGCAGCUGAGCAGCAUUGAAAGUUUCUGAGCUCAAAUGGAGCUUGCACUUACUCUGCAAGACUGUUUGCUGGGUGGACACAGCAUGAACACAUCUAAAGAUGGACCUAAUUUUAUUGAAGGGAAUGUGAAGAGUUUUAAAGAACACUACUGUGACGUGCACUAUUAAUUGGAACUCUGGGAUUGGAAGUGCAGCACGACACUUUUUUUUCUGGAUUUGAAUAACAAAAAUAUGUAAAAGGUGUAUAUGUUUAAAUGAGUCAUGGCAAAAGUCAGAUCAUAUGUGCGUUGGUUAAAAUGGCGAUUUUAUACCAGACAGUAAUGUGACUUAUUUUCGUAUUACAAUUCCGAAUUAAUACGCCUUAAAACUUGAAAUGUAUGGUUAAAAUACCUGUACCCUUUUUAAAUGUUUUUGCCCAUUUUUUUUUUUUUUUAAACUUUCUGAAGCAAAUUCCAAUGGUAUUUGAGUACCAGAUAUUGCCUUCAUCUGUUUUGAAGUCUUGUUUUGUAUGUCAUAUUUUAGAAUACAAAUUUGACUGGUUAGCAUGGUUAAUCAAACUUG